AGGGGCGAGGCGGGCAGCAGCAGGCGCUGGCCCGACCAGCAUGAGCGCCUUCGACCUCCCCGCGCCCUCUCCGCCCCGCUGCAGCCCCCACUUCCCCGGCCUGGGCCAGGAGCCCCCCGAGCCCGGCCUGUACUACGAGAACUUCUUCCACGCCCCGGGGGUGGCCAGCCCGCAGAGGGCCCCCCCCAACGAGGCGGCCGGCGAGUACGGGCCCACCCCCCCCAACCCCUACUCGGCGCUCAUCGCCAUGGCCAUCCACGGCGCCCCCGACCGGCGCCUCACGCUCAGCCAGAUCUACCAGUACGUGGCCGACAACUUCCCCUUCUACAACCGCAGCAAGGCUGGCUGGCAGAACUCCAUCCGCCACAACCUCUCGCUCAACGACUGCUUCAAGAAGGUGCCGCGCGAUGAGGACGACCCGGACCCCAGCCCCACCGAGCCCCUGCGCCGAGGGCAGCAGCAGAGGGCGGCCGAGGUGGACGGCGGCCCUGUGAGCGAGCGGCAGGUGGCCGUCCCUCUGCCAGGCCGGUGCCUCUGGCGCCGUGCGCACACGGACGGAGGAAUUCGGCCCCCACACCCUGACCCCCAUGGGAAGUCCACCGCCGCCCCUGGGAGCGAUGGCCAGGCAGCUUCAUCCCCAGCAGAGCUGGGUCUACACUGCCCCACCUGA